ACCCGGAUGGUGAGAUGACAACACUGGAUUUUAUGGACUUUUGGAUGAGGUCUAUAUAUGCCCACACAUCCCAAAACACAUCCAAUACCAUAGACAACACCCGCCUAUCUCCUCCGAUCUUUGUUGUAGGCACCCACCGGAACAGCCUGUCCACGGACCCCACCGAGCAGGAACAGAUGGUCGAGGAAAAAUUUGAAGAAAUCAGAAACUUCUGUGUGAAUAAGCCAUAUGCCCAACAUAUAGUGACACCAUUUGUGGCCGUGGAGAACAGUAUAGAGAAUGACAACCAGGUGACGGCCCUGAGAGAACACGUAGAGGAGAUUGCGGGUAAGGAGCCAUAUAUGGGGGAACAGAUGCCAAUACACUGGCUCAGGUUUGAGCAGGAACUCGCCAACCUUGUCAAUAACGACUUCAACCAUGCUUCCUUUGACCAGGUGAAGGAGAUAGCUAACAACCUGGGCAUCAGUUCAGACAAGGAGGUGAAGAUCAUGUUGGAGUUCUACCACGACCUUGGUGUGUUAGUGUACUUUGGAGGGUCAGGUACCAUGGACAACCUCCUGAGGAACACUGUCAUGUUAAACCCACAGUGGUUGGUGGAGAAGUUCACACGUAUCCUCGUGGCCAAACAGACAGAGGACAAGUGGGAUAUGAUGAAGGAGAAAUGGCGGCUGUUCCAGGAGAAAGGGAUCCUUGAAGAGGCUCUCAUUGAUCAUCUAUGGAUGGAUGUCAUCGACCAGAAACCUGUCCUUUUAGGACUUAUGGAAAAAUUUGACCUUGUGUGUCAGAGGUCACUGGAUCUCUCCUUAUCUCAGUCCAAUGGGGGACAGAAAUACCUGUCGUAUUACGUUCCCUCACACCUGGCCACAUGUGGGGACAACAAACGCCUCUAUGCCGCCUAUGACUCAGAUGUUGUCUUUUAUAUCAACUUCUGUGGCUUUCUACCAGAUGACCUAUUCCAUCGGAUUUUGACAAGAACUGUCCGUUGGACACUAGGAAAAUCUGGAAAGGAACCAUAUAGUAUGUUCCGUCAUGUUGCCAGGUUCUACCUUGACCAGGAACAUGAUUUUGUGCUUCAGAUGGCACCUAGGAGGUGUCAUCGUAUCAAGGUUGUAGUGAUGCGUGUUGCCAAUGAUGAGGAUUUCUCAUCAGUAGACUUCGACAAUAAAGACAAUAUCCGUGACAGGAUUCCAAACCCUGAUGUCUGUGCCAAGCUUCGUAACUUCCUAGAGUCAAGUUUGUUUGAACUGAAGGAGAUGUGGAUCAAACGUCUGUACUACACGAUAUGUGUGGCCUGUCCUUGUGGCCGUCCCUGCUACUCGCAUGAUUCACCUAACUGCCAGGAGCAGCUCUGUAUGCACUUUCUCAACCUGGACGAAUGUUUGUCCAGUAGGGUUGUUUGCUGUGAACAUAGAAGAGUGAAAACUAAUUUGUUCCGUAAAUGGUUUCCGGAGCCAUUUAAUACUGAGUUCAGUGGCCAAAUCUUACCCAGCAUAGAUAUGCAGGAAACACAUGGAAACAUUGAGAAGCAUAAUCCUAGCCUACCAAUGUGGGUUAAAAGUGCUGCCAAACUGCUGAAUGGGGGAGAGGAGAACCAGGACUGGCUAGCUUUGGCAAACCUCAUGGGUUACAAAGAAGCCAAGAUAGAAAAAAUCACUGAUGACCUGAACCCAGGCUUGGCCCUGCUAGCGGACUGGAUACUGACUAGUGGUAACACUGCCCUGUCCGUGGACAUGCUGGUCGGCUACCUGGAGAAAAUGGACAGGGACGAUAUCGUGGAGGUUAUACAACAGGCCAAAGAAUCGACUCAGGACCCACCCCAAGUGUUCAUCAGCUACCAGUGGGACUGCCAAGAUGAGGUGAAGGCCCUACGAGAUCGACUGGAGAAGGUCGGACUGUCCUGUUGGAUGGACAUUGGUCAGAUGGGAGGAGGUGACCAGCUCAAUAUCAAGAUAGAUGACGGUAUCAGAAACUCAAAGGUGGUGCUGUCCUGUGUGUCCCCGAAGUACGUAGUAUCCCACCACUGUAACCGGGAACUCAGUCUAGCUGACCUACUGGCCAAGCCCAUCAUCCCUGUCAUGUUUGAAACGGUACCCUGGCCACCUCCAGGGGGAAUGUCUCUCAUCUUCUCACAGCUUGUCUAUAUAGACAUGAAAGGUGUAGGAGGACAUGGAGGGACCGGUAUACAUGGAGAUCUCAAUGAUAAAUACAAGGAGAUUAUUCAACGAGUCAUGAAUUAUGCCACCCCAGACCUCACCAAAUACUUUGACACGGACACGCUUAUAAGCAGUAAAGAAAGUAACCUACAUCACGAAUCGUCCAGUCUGUCCAGUAUGGAAAGCAUUGACAACUCCCUUAACAACAAUCUGGAACAUGCCAGCCUCCGUCACCCUUACCCUAUCCCAGUAAACAUGGCAAUCCAGCCAGACUAUCCCACCCCACAGCAGGUCACAGUAACCAAGUGUGGAGUUUGUACUAUUUUAUGAUGUCACUGGGAGAUAACCGCAUUAUGUAUAUAUCGCUCAUCACUUGACGCAAAAGACAUUAAUGGAGGACCUAUUUAUUAUUACAGUAUAUCCAUCAUCACUUCACACAAAAUACGUUAAUGUUGGACCUAGUUAUUAUUAUAUCCAUCAACACUUCACACAAAAUACGUUAAUGAAGGACCAUGAUGAGAGGAAUGAAGUCUUUAUCCUGAGACUUGGUCCACUGUUAUCUGAUGUACCAGUGUUUAAGUGUCGCUGGACUACCUGUAAACAAACUGUAUUUUUUAUAUUAUUUAUUAUGAGGUACCAGGAUCUCAUUAAUAUUAGGACAGCUGUUUAAGUGCUACACUGGAAUGUUUUUGUUCGGAGUAAUCUACAGAAUAUGGUCAGUCUAAAGAUGCUAUAUGUACCAGCAUAUCAUACCUUAGUUGGUUUGGUCUUAUAUGCAUCCUGUAUUAUAUAUGUGUUGGACCUCGUCCUGGUUUCAGAAGGAACCAUGACAAAGUAUUUAAUAUGAAGGCAGUUGUGGGAUUGCACUACGCACCAAAAUACUGUGUGAAUGGAUUAAUCUGGAUACGCGGUUACCACAAUCAUAAAAGGGGUUAAUGUCAAUGUCUGUUAAUAUUAGUUAACAAUUAAGUAUGAUUUGUUGAUCAAUGGUAUGGAAUAAAAAUCAUAUAGGAAUGCUGGUUUACAGAUGGACAGACGAACUUAGCAUCAUAACAUUAUCAGUGUUAACAGUGAUUAAUUUAUCAUUGAUUUCAAAGUUAUAUAAUUAAUUUUUCUUUGUUUUCAUGGUAAAUACUCAAAUGUGAUUGGUCGAAAAAUUCUUUU